AUGUUAAGACGAUCAAAGUUAAUCCAAUUCAACUUCUCAUGCUCAGCGGUCAACAAACCAAAACCUUACAACUUAUCACCUCGUCAAUUCUCUACAAAUCGAUCUAAAGAACAUUCAGAACAUGAUCAAAAUCUACAAAACAUUUUUGAUUCAUCAACAUUCAAAUCUCAAUUCAAAACUAAUAAUCUGAAUUCGACUGGAAUCUUGAAUUAUCCACAGCUAAAAACUCCGAACGAUCUGGUCUUGACGGCUGAAAAAACAAUCAGAAGAUGUGCCUUGAUCGUUAAUCGAAUAUGUUCUUCAUUUUCACCUUUUCGGCCAGAUCACGAAACAAGGAAAAGCUUAGAUCCUACGACAGCUUUUAUACGAUGUGUCGGGAUGUUCGAUAGAUUAUCAGAUGGAUUAUGUCGAAUGAUCGAUUUAGCUGAAUUAUUAAGAAAUUUACAUCCUGAUUCAAAUUGGAUCCAAGCUUCGGAUCAAGCUCACGAUUUACUAUGUCGAUAUAUGAACACUCUUAAUACUCAUCGUGAACUGUAUAGCUCGCUCGAUGAUGUUCUGAAUCGAAUCCCAGAAGAAGAACAAAAAAAUCCAAAACUUUUCGCAUCCAGAACGGUAGCCUUGCAGUUCUUAAGAGAUUUCAGAAGACAUGGAAUCCAUUUAUCAUCAAAAGAGAGGUCGAAAUUAGUCGAUUUAACAGAUAGAAUGUUAAUCUUAGGAAGAGCUUUCUUUUCAAACUCAGCUAAUCCAUCUUCAUUAAUUGAAAUCAAUAAAUCAGAGGCACUUUUAUUAGGUCAAAGGUUCAUUAAUCAACUCGAUUUUAACUCUAGAGGGCUUUCCGAAAUUGAUCCCACAGAUUGGCAUGGCUUAACUUUACUUCGACAACAUCCUCUAGAAUCAGUCAGAAAAAGGGUUUGGAUGUCACAGAAUCAAAGCUCGGAAUCGGAGAUAGAUGUACUCGAAACUCUUUUGCGGACUAGACAUGAAUUCGCAAAACUAACGGGUAAAUCUAAUUGGUCAGAAGUUGCUCUUGAAGACAAGAUGGCAUCUAGACCUGAAAACGUGAUGAAUUUCCUAUCUCAACUUUCGAAUAAGACUAGACCAAGUGCGAUUGACGAACUUCGAGAGCUUCAACGACUUAAACAACAACAUAUUUCAAGUUCUCAAUUGCCGACUAUCUAUCCUUGGGAUCGCGACUAUUACGCGAACUUGAUCACUCAAGCUGAACGUACACCUUCGAGCGUCUCAGUUUCACCCUAUUUCUCAGUUGGGCGUUGUAUACAAGGUCUAUCUAGAUUGUUUGAAAGGAUAUAUGGUAUUUCUUUUAGAGUUGAAUCUCAUCAACCUGAAGAAGUAUGGGAUCCAUCUGUCGUUAAGAUUGGAGUUUGGGAUGAGAAUGAAGGUAGAAUAGGUACAAUUUAUUGUGAUUUGUUCUAUCGAGAUGGUAAAACUACAGGUGCUGCUCAUUAUACGGUUUUAUGUUCUCGCCGAACUGAUUUGGAUGAUGAACAAGCCGAUUUUGAAUUCUUGGAAUCUGAUAAUGAUCAGAUUCUUGUGGAUGAUCUGAGGCUAUCUAAGAUAGAUUGUGAACUGUUGAAUGUACCUGUUAGUCAACGUAGGAAUCGAAUUGGCACUUUUCAACGACCUGUAGUCGUCUUCAGUUGUAGUUUUGACCCACCUACAGCACAUCAACCUAGCUUACUAAACUGGUCGGAUGUCGAGACUCUCUUUCAUGAGAUGGGACACGCUAUGCACUCUAUGAUUGGUCAAACAGAGUAUCACAACGUAGCAGGGACAAGAUGUCCAACAGAUCUAGUCGAAUUACCUUCAAUUCUUAUGGAACAUUUCACCAGUUCACCAGAAGUCUUGAGAUUAUUUGCAAGACAUUGGAAAGAUGAUAGACCAUUAUCCGAUGAAUCACAUCAAACUCAUUUAUCAUCUCAAUCAAGAUUUAGAGCCAUUGAAACCAAUUCACAAAUCGUAAUGGCAGCAGUAGAUCAAUUUUAUCAUUCAAAUAGAAUCUCAGAAUGUGAUUUCAAUUCAAGUAAAGGAUGGAAUUUAAUUCAAACUGAGUUUGGUAUCUUACCUUCAAUUCCAAAUACAUCAUGGCAAACUAAAUUUGGACAUUUACAUGGAUAUGGUUCUAGUUAUUAUUCUUAUUUGUUUGAUAGAGCUAUUGCAGCUAAAGUUUGGAAAGAAUUGUUUGAAGACAAUUCAUUAAGUAGAGAGAAUGGCGAGAAAUUGAAAUCUGAAUUAUUGGAAUGGGGUGGAGGUAGAGAUCCUUGGUUGUCUGUUGGAAAUUUAUUAAAGAAUGAUUUAAUUAAAGAAGGUGGGAUUGAAGCUAUUGGUCUGAUUGGAAGUUGGGGUCUUUGGAACGAAUGA